UUGCAAAAAUACAACAAGAGAUGUUUUUAUGGGUGGACCCGGAUCUGCACACAAGGAGACCCCCAUGCUCCGUCUGCAAAAAAAGGACUUCAAGCAAUAUCCCAUCUGGGCUUCUGAGGAUGUUUAUGUUCGGGACAAGCAACAGAGGCAGAUGACCUGUCCCCAGUCUCUGAGGAACUCCCAGAACCCAGGCUUCAAGCAGGCCUUUAUACCAGACAUCCAGUUGUACCUCCACAGCGAACUACUCAACGUGUCAGAGUGGAACAGACUUGCCUACUUCAAUAACCCCUUUGGCUUUAUGGACUACACAAACUACACAGAGAUAAAGGAAGUGGUGGAUCUGAUCCCCAAGCCCAGAGAGCCCCUGCUCUUGCCGCGGGGAAACCCUGGGUGUAUACGCUGUGCUGUGGUGGCAGCCGGAGGAAUACUCAACGGUUCUGGGAUGGGCAAGGAGAUAGAUGCUCACGACUACGUGUUCCGGAUGAAUGGUGCCGUAACCAAGGGUUACGAGGACGAUGUAGGCAACAGAACUUCGGUCUACGUUCACACCGCCCACUCCAUCACCCAGUCUCCUCUCAUAUUCAAGAAAUACGGCUACAACUGCGCGCCUCAUGACAAGGGUAUAAAGUAUGUGCUGAUUCCAGAGGGACAGAGGGAUUUCCAGUGGUUACAUGGUCUAUUGGGGAGGACAACUGUCUCUGAUGGACCCUACAGGAACAGACGGCCGUGGAUGCAAUACUCAGGAGAGUUUGAUGAGAACCGCUUCUAUGUUCUUCACCCUGACUUCCUCAGAUACGCCCGUAACAGGUUCAUGUGGUCCCAGGCGCUGAAAGGUUCUUAUUGGGCUAUUUGCAGACCUACUAACGGAGCAUUCACACUCUUCCUGGCCCUGCACACCUGUGACGUGGUGGAUGCGUAUGGAUUCAUCACUGAGGACCACAGUAAAUAUCCCAACUACUAUGCUGAGAGGCACUCUAAAACCAGAGUAAUCUUCUACGCUAAUCACGAUUACAACCUAGAGAUCAAGACUUGGAAGAAACUACAUGACACCAAGAUCAUCAGGCUUUACCAGAGACAGGAGAACCCAGAGAGAAAGACAGGCAAGGCAACACAACGAUAAAACCCUGUCUGUCUGCAGAGAUGAGCAAAGAUACAUCAACAUGCAUCUUGUUACAAAAUAACGUAAAGACCAAUGCAUUUAUAUCAGAAUAAAUUAGAAAAUACGGGUGCCAAGUAAUGUAUUUAAUUAAAAUGCAUGUAUUAUUCAUCCCAUGCCAUGUGGCUUUUCAGUCAUAUUACAAUUACAGCCAGGUCACCUGUGAUACAAGUCAGUAUUUGACGUCCAUCCAUGUCUGAUGACGUGGAAACCGGCCACUA